AUGUUCAACCACCUUUGUGGAGACGCUGCACUUGAUAAGGUUAUCCUGGCGACCACGAAAGGCGGGAGACUUGCUCCCGACAACGUGAGGAGACGAGAGGAAGAAUUGAAGAGUGUCCACUGGAAAUCCAUGAUUAACAAAGGUUCCGAAGUCCGCCCAUUCCUCGGCACCACGAAAAGCGCGCAAGAUAUUGUCAACAUCUUUCUGGAACGCGCAAUCCAGAGACAACGAGAACAGAUUAUGAAGCUCCACAUUCAGAUCCAGGCAGAGUUGGUCGACGACUGCAAGUUCAUCCCACAGACAGAAGCCGGAAAACAGCUGCGCUACACCCUCCAGGAAGUCCUCGCUCUGCAAAAGCAGAUGAUAUCAUUGGAGUCAGACCUCGCCCAAGGAGGCGAUCCAGAGGCCGAAGCGAAGCUACGCGAGGCAGAGGAGAAGAUGAGGAAAAUGGAAGAUCAGAUCAAAGCUCUGAAGGUGUCCCUUUCCAAGAGAAUCGGCAGAAAGAUCAAAAAACUGUUGGGAAUUUGA